ACUUAGCUUCUUUGUGCUCACUCACAACCCAAUCUCAACAAGCCAAUGGCUCUAAAAGGUCAACAAGUCAUGAGUGCGAUCUUGGUCAUGAUGGUCAUGGUCUUGGGUGGAGCUCGGGCUCAAUCGAGCACAUGUACCAACACUCUCAUGGGGUUAGCACCGUGUCUGAACUUUGUUACCGGGAACACGACUGCUCCUUCACCUUCAUGUUGUUCACAACUAGCGAGCGUGGUACAAACACAACCACGUUGUCUUUGCUCAUUGCUUGGUGGCAAUCUCCCAAACAUCGGUGUUACUAUUAACCAAACUCUUGCAGUUUCACUUCCUGGUGCUUGUCAAGUACAAACUCCUCCAAUCAGUCUAUGCAAUGGCGCUUCCAAUGGACCUGCUGGUGCACCUGCUAGUGCACCUGCUGCUGCACCUACAAGCUCAACAAUUGCCCCAACCGGCUCUACUGGUUCACAGGCAGAACCUUCAGAAGAAACCCCUGCAGCUGAAGCUCCCCCGGCAUCAACAACCCCAAGUGUCCCUUCAGGAUCAGGAUCUGGGGCAGGAUCGAAAUCAACGCCAUCAACCAACAACAAUGCAUCAGAUGGAAGCAAAUUCGGAGCACCAAGUUACCUUUUGCUUUUUGCUCUCUUCUUCGGAAUGAAAUUGUGAGAAUGUUGUGACCAUCAAGAGUUUAUAUUGUUGGUUUCUGUAUUUGCUUGCACAAAUUGUUUCAUUUGUUCUGUGUGUGAUUAUGGUUUCCAUUUCUUUUUUUUCUGUAACGUUUUAUCUCUUAUUUGAUUUGAUAUAUAAAUAUAAGAUCAUUAUGUUUCCUUUUAUUC